GUGGUACGAACGUUUUUGCAGCGAAGAGAAUUUUACCACAGAAGAAGUCGUGGAUCGAGGAAAUAGCCUAACAGGGGGCAUUUUACCACUUUUGUUUUUUUAAGGGGCACUUUUCUUUGCUUUACAAGAAAGUCGUUUAAUGUUGGGUACAUUAAAAGCGCAGAUUGCCUAUUUGCUAAUCUUUCGUUAAUUCCUGCGGGCGAGGAUUUACAGUAGUUUGGAGAGAUGGCGGAUUUACUGACAGUGUAUGACGAUGACCAGGCCAACAGCUUCAUUGACUGCACGAUUUGCGAUAAAAGAAUACGGGGAGAAACCCAUUACAAAAUCCACGUCACCACAUUACAACAUUUGAAGAAAGAGGACACCCUAGCUUCACAAGGGGAGAUUCCGAGACCACAUCCGUUGCCGGAAUGGACGGACAUCAGAGAAUAUUUGGAAUACUUGGAUCUUGAUGAGCCCAUUAUUGGUCUCAACUCCCUAAUACAGAUUCCAGAUCAUGUCACUGAUGAUGGCAAAACUGUGUUGAAGUACAAGUGCCGAAUGUGUGUUGUGGAGAUGGACCUUUAUAGCAUGGUGGCCCAUAUUGUUGGACGCAAACACAGACAAAAAUACUUGGAGCUGAAAAGACCAGACUUGGUGACAUGGCAAGACAACAACCAGAAACAGCCAGGUCUUGUUGCCAGAGCCAAAGCUGCAGUAGUUGAAAAGCAGGAGGGAUGGGGGAAGCCAGUGGCACUCAAAAGACCACAAGAGAAAUUCAGAAAUGUUUUCCAAGGAAGUGAUUUACGGGCCAGUGUUCAUGAACAACCAUACUAUGGACAAGACUCUCUUAGGAAGCCACCUUUCCCUGAAAAGGCUCAAAAACAGACAUACUUGGAUGAAGACAGAAAAGGAAGACCCUUUUAUGCUGGCGAUAAGUAUGACCAGUACAGUAGACCUAAUACAAGUCAAAUCCGCCAGCAAUUCUAUCCAGAAGAAAACCGACAACAAAAACCUUACGAAGAUGCUGAAGUUCGAGGAAGACUCCCACGAGGUGAUGAUUAUCCUGAAAGAGAAAUGCAUAUUAGGCCCUAUGCAGACCAGGGUGGACGGACACUUCGAGAAGACUAUGAAGAAAGUCUUGGCGGAGGACAAUUCUCAGGAAGUAAAAUAAACCGAUUUAAUGACAAAGACCUUCGAAUCCACCCUGGAGCAUCAGAAUAUCAGACAGGGGAAAUGGAAGGUAGGCGGUAUCCAGGGUAUGAAGAGAGAAAUCCUGCCAUGAAUCCUAUGUCAAUGCCCGGAAGAAGCUUUAAUGAGGAGAAAAGAGGGACCGUCAGAGAAAUGCACAGUAGAACUUGGGACAAAGCUAAUGAGGUACAAGGGGGGUAUCCGCCUAUGCUUAAACCCAGAGAUCCAAGAACAUAUGUGCAAGAAGAGGGUCCAACUAAAAAGAAAAAGAAGAGCAGAUUCUCUGAUGCAACCGCAGAGGAAAUAGCAUUUGUACAUAUGAGACAUUCAAAUAAUUCCACCUCCAAUGAAAAUCCCAGAGGAGCACCAUUUAGAGCAAAUCCUCCGCCAUUGAAUAACCAAUUUGUGGAUUCUGGAAGUACAUCCCAUUUUAAUCCAAAACAUGAAAAUGUUCACAGAGGAGGACCGUUUAGAGCAAAUCCUCUGCCAUCAAAUAACCAAUAUGUGGAUUCUGGAAGUACAUCUCAUUUUAAUCCAAAACACGAAAAUGUUCUGGACAUACUUAAUGACAUCAAGAUUGACAAUAUGGAUGAAGCCAGAUUUCUUAAAGAAAAGCUGUGCUCAGUUUUGAAAGAGUUUCAAGAAAGCAAAUCCAGAAGUGCUGGGGGCCAUACUUCACAACCUGUCAGCGAUCACAGAGGAGUAAAGCAGACAGACCAGCGCAGAGAUGCAUAUAAUGACCCAAGGAAUGAUCCAGAUGGCAUGCAUUUAGAAAAGAGAGGUUUCCAACAGGCCAGACAAUACGAAGACAGUCCCAGAAGCUUCCAAGAACCCAGACAAUAUGGAGAUGACCCUAGAAUGUUUCGAGAUGACUCCAGAGGUCAAAGAGAGACCAGACGUUAUGAAGAUGAUUAUGAGAAGUCAAACCGAUUUGACAGUUAUCCCAGUGGUCAUCAAGAAGCUAGGCCGUACGCCAGUGAUGCCAGAGGAAUUCAGAAAACGAUAUUACAGGAGAACCCACGAGAUCUUCCAGAGAGGAGACGUUACGAUGAAGAUCCCAGACAGAAGGGACAACAUUUCGAAGAAUAUUCAAGAGCAGAAGCUACAAGAAGUACUCAAGAGACAAGAUAUUAUAAAGAUGAUUACAGAGGCUUUGGAAAUGUGGAUCCUGAAAGAAACUGGGAGCAUGAGAAAGGACGUUCAUUAGAGCGUUUUGAGAACAGAGGGCCGGCAGAUGUUAAGAGAGGUUUUCAAGAGAGCUUUAGCAAGCCUCCUGUUCACUUCCAACCAACCUCUCUACAAGAAGAAGCAAGGAUAUAUGCUGGGAGAGCACAGCAGAGGUCUCAUCCGAACGACGGUCACCCAGGCGAUGAACCUUACGACCCGUUCAACCCAUCAUCUUCGCCACCUCCAGAAGCGUCCAGCUCCACCAGUCUUGACAAGAUUGCAUCAACUCUUCUUGAGCUUGUGGCUCGUAGAUAAAAGUUAAGCUGAUGAGUCAAGAGAGUUUAUAAAAAAGAUGGUUGUAGCUUAACAGUAGUCUACAGUGAUUGAUAACCGUUAUGUAAAUACAUACAAAAUCUUACAGUAAAUGUAAUACGGCUUUUCUCCAUCCAUUCCACUUAUCCUCUGAAGCCUAUCACAGUGUCUCGGGCCAAAGGUGGGGAAAUCCAUCGCAGGGCUCACACACAUUCAUACUGUU